UGAUUGGUUCAGUGGUUGACUUUCUUCAUCAGAGGAUAUGGUUAAGUAAGCGAUAGGGCAAAAUUAUAUUUCACACGCCUACUGCCCUUGUCAUAGUAAACUAUGAGGAGAAUUAGAAUGGCAGAAUAUAGAGCAGGUUUUCUGAAACUGGCUUGUAUCUGGAUGGCAAUUCUGAUGUACGGCUUGGAUGCAACAAAGAAACAUGCUGGAGGUGCAUCGUGCAGUCCCAAACACCUGACAGCCCUGACCGAAAGCCUGGUCAAUGAAAGCUUGAGAUGCUUUGAUGAAGCCAAUGGAAAACACCUUGGUAUUUGGUCCCCUGGCUUCCCUGAGCUCCACGUCCAGAAGAGCUCUCCUCCUAAUUGGACAAAAGUUCAUUGCAGCUUCCUCUUCAUGUAUGAAGGCCUCAAUGACAUCUUGGAGGACCAGAAAAACAACGUGAAUCCCCAAAAUAUUUCACUUCACAAGAAGCUCCAGGAAACCAUUGAAAGGAUUAAAAUGCUUGCAAAUUGUAUAAACAACAUCUUUAAUAGUACAUGUUCCUCAAAGCCAUCACCACCUAAAAUGCCUAAACAUGUAUUUGAGAGGAAACAGUGGAGUCAUACCCUGCUAAAGGCAGCCAGGGAUUACCUGGUAUGGCUGGAGAAAAAGUUUGUUUCAUAUGUUAGAGGAAGAAAAAAUGGGAAAAGUAAAGUAACAAAGACCCAGCCUCAUAAGUACCUGGAGGGGAGUGGAUACCUGCUCUGAUUAUUAACAAGUUUAGCUGAGUUUGUGGUGAAAAUGUGGUUAUAGUUUGUGGCAGCUUUUCUUUAGACCCCCAUCCUAGACUUUUAAAUACUAUUUUUUCAUGCAUUCAGUAUGCUGUUAAGCAUUAAGGAUCUUUACAGUGUCUCUCUUUAAUAUAUCUGAUAUUUCAGUACAAACAUAACAAUCGACAUGGUUAAAAUAGCCAAAGAGGGUUUUUUUUAAAUAAAAUCUCUGAAGGGUGUACUUUGACAUUUUGGGAAAUUGAGCUGUUUUUAUUAUGUUAAAUGAGAAAGUACAUGCAAAUGUCUAAUCUACAGAACAUAUAUUAAGUAAGCCACAACUGGGGAGGCAAUUAUCCAAGCUUAAACCUGACAGAAAAAAAAAAAUAUGUGAAAAUGUGGAAAUCGCUGCUUUUGUCUGCUAUCACCCAAAUCCACCAAUCGGCACCUCUUCACAAAUGUAAACCGGAGUACUGCUGCGCUAACAGCUGGAUCUUUUAUUGCUUUACCAAUCUUUAUCUUUUUCUAACUGGCUGCUAUUUGACGCUUCACAUUUGAUAUCACAGGUGUGAAUGAUAACAACCAUCUCAACAAAUUCUAAUAAAGAAAAUAUCUCCGUUUACCAAAACGUCAUGUUGCUACCAUAAAAGUGUUAUCAGAAAUGUCUUUGUUCCAAACCUGAUAGCUCAAAGCAAUCAACAUGUUCCCCUGUGGCAGUAAUUAAUCAACUUGCCAACCAGGAAAAUGAGAAAUGCCUCUAAUACAUUUCCUAAUUAUGACAGUUUGUUUUCCUCAGCCUUCACAGUGAUUAAUUGUUUUGCUCUGACCAACUAUCCCUUGUGUGGGGGCUACAUUGCCUGAGGUAGAAAGAAACAGAUAGCAAUAACUUACAGAGAGCCAUUAGUUUGGACUCCAAAUAACAUAAAGAAACAAUGAGGUUGUAUUAAAUGUUUGUAUAUUUUCAAAUCUUAAUCAAAUUUUGAUUUUUAUACUGUAAUUUAUACUGAAAUUCCUUGCAUUAUCUUUCUUUUCUGUGGACCAUAUAUUUAUUCACCAUAACUAUUGAUUUUUUUAAAAUAAAAACAAAACAGCUGUUAUUUCAAA